CGAUGUCGCUCUUUUACAAGCAACGGAGAGACUCAGGUGAGGUUAUGUCAAGUUGACGUUAGCGUCAAACACCUGUUGUGUCAAAAUUGUGACAAAACCGAAAUUUGAGGACGGAACGUGAUCUUCGCAAAUUUGAGCGAUCAUGGCGCGUUACUUCAGAGAAAAGGAUAUAGAUGAAUUCCGAGAAUGUUUCUAUCUCUUUGCUCGAAGCGGUCAGAUUCGCACACUCGACGAACUUACUAUAAUUAUGAGAUCUUUGGGACUAAGUCCGACUAUUGCAGAAUUAAACAAAUAUAUGAAGGAUAAAGGUGGAAAAAUGUCUUUUGCUGACUUUCUAGAAGUCAUGCAUCUUCAGACUCGUGCAGAGGAUCUGCCGAAAGAAGUGAUCAAAGCUUUUCAAGCUGCCGAUACGUCUCAUAGCGGCACUGUUCCAGCACGGCAGUUGGCCCACAUGUUGCUUCAUUGGGGAGAACAACUGAGCAGCAAAGAAGUGGAGCAAAUUUUCCGCGAGGCCAAUGUAUCUCUAAAUGGACAUGUGAAAUAUGAAGAUUUUGUGAAAAUAGCUUGUGCACCUGUACCUGAUUAUUAUUAAAAAUCUUCAGAUUUUAUCAAUUAUAUAUAUUUUGUAAUAUAUUUUAUAUUUUUAUAUACUUCUAUAUGGAUGAAAAUGUAUUAAAGAGAAAAAUAUUAUUAUAUAAAUAUGAAAAAUUCAUCUUGUUAAAAGCAUUGUAACUGUGGUUAAGGGAUUUCUAUGGUCAUUGGAUAAAUAUAAAAUUUAUUCCAUUAU